AUGGCGUCCGUUCAUAUCGGCUAUCUUCUGCCCGGCGCGGUCGCAUUGGCCCUCCUCUACGGCAUUGGAUUAGUCGUGUACAGAGUCUUCUUCCACCCGCUGGCGAAAUACCCGGGUCCAUUGUUAGCCAAGAUCACAGAUGCCUACCAGCUCUAUCAUGCGUGGAAAGGGGACCGGCAUCUCGAGUUCUGGCGCAUGCACGAGCGCUACGGUAAAAUCGUCCGCUUCGGGCCCAACAGCCUCUCAUUCAACUCUAACGGUGCCCUCCGCGACAUCUACGGGUUCAAGGCCAACGUGCGCAAGGCCGCGUUCUACGAUGCCUUCGCGCACCCGGUUCCCAACACGCACAACACGCGCGACAAGCACGUGCACGCCCGCAAGCGGCGCGUGCUGUCGCAGGCCUUCAGCGACUCGGCGAUGAAGGAGAUGGAGCGGUAUAUUUUGGCCAACGUGCGGGCGUUCUGCGAGCAGAUCGGGCUCGGCGCGAGCGAGGACCGCAAGGGGUGGACCGUGGCGAAGAACAUGGCCGACUGGUGCAAUUACCUCGCCAUGGACAUCCUGGGGGACUUGUCCUUUGGCAAGGCGUUUCACAUGCUCGAGCAGCCGGAUAAUCGGUAUGCGCUGGAGUUGGUGUCGCUUGCUACGACGCGACAUCUCAUCUGCGGAACGAUGCGUCUCGUGGAAAAGCUGAGCUUGGAUAAAGUCCUGUUCCGAAAGAUCGCCGCCGGCCGAGCUAAAUACAUGGCGUACAGCAAGGCGCAGCUCACAGAGCGCACGAAACUCGGCGACGAGACGGAUCGUCGCGACUUCUUCUACCAUCUACUCAAAGCCCGCGAUCCCGAGACCGGCCAAGGCUUCGCCAUGCCUGAGCUCUGGGGAGAAUCCAAUCUGCUGAUUAUCGCCGGAAGCGAUACUACGUCGACCGCGAUGGCCGCUACACUGUUCUACCUCGUCCGAAGCCCGCACGCGCUGCAGAAGGCCAGCAAAGAAGUGCGCGCCAAGUUCACUGAUGUCGAGGAGAUCUCCCAAGGCUCGCCGCUUAAUUCAUGCUCGUACCUCCGGGCCUGCAUCGACGAGGCCAUGCGCAUGUCCCCUUCAGUCGGCGGUAUCGCGCCCCGCGAGGUACUUCCUGGUGGGAUCACCAUCGACGGCGAAUUCGUACCCGAGGGCGUCGUGGUUGGCACGCCGCACUACACGAUCCAUCAUAACACAUCUUACUACCCGCAGCCCUUCACAUAUGUGCCCGAGCGAUGGCUGGCCGGCGCAUCAGCAUCCUCGAAGAUGUCCGGGGGUCCCAUCACGGACCGGGACGUGGCACUAGCACAGAGCGCUUUCUGCCCCUUCUCCAUCGGCCCCCGGGGUUGCAUUGGCAAGGGCCUGGCGUAUAUCGAGCUCAUGACGACUCUUGCGAGAGUGCUGUACUUGUAUGAUUUGCGCAAAGCUGCGGGGCCCGAUCCCGCGGAAGGCAGGCCGGAUCUAGAAUGGGGACGACAGCGUGUUGGCGAAUACCAGCUCAUUGACCAGUUCACGAGCCUUAAAGAUGGGCCGAUGGUUGAGUUUAGGAAGCGCAUAUAA